AUGCGCGCCCCGCGCAGCUUCCGCGCCGCCCUCAAGCUCUCGCUCUUCGCCGUCGCCCUCGUCGCCCUGUACCACCUCGCGCCCGCCCUCCUCGCGCCGCGCUCGCCCGACCUCAACGGCCGCGCGUACCCGACCCCGGACCCGCUCCUGCGCCGCAAGGCGCCCGCGCGCGCCCAGCAGACGGCGCCGCCGACGCCCGGCGGGUUCGACUACGAGGGCGAGAAGCGCCGGUGGGCUGAAGGGCAGCGCGCGCGCGGCGGCGAGGACGAGGGCGAGAGGAGGAUGGCCAACGACUGGACGCAGCAGGACGGGCGGGUCGCGCCUCGGCGAGGAGCAGGAGCCGGCGCCGCCGGUCGACCCGACUCGGCGCCGCCAGACGACGCCGGCGAGCGGCCGCAGCCCGCGCGCGUCGUCGGCCUCAACGCGCAGAAGGACCGGGCGGCGGCGGCCCUCGAGGCGCGCAGGAAGAUCGCCGCCGAGCGGGUGCGCGCGCGCGAGCAGCAGCGCCAGGACGAGGCGGCGGCGGCCGCAGCGGCGGCGCGGGCCCUCAAGGUCGGCGAUCGGCACUUGGGCGACGGCGACGACGACGACGAGCACGGUGCGGCGGCGGCAGGUGCGGCCAAGGGCGAGGAGCGCAACGACGGCGCCACGUUCGAGGCCGAGCUGGCCCUCGCCGCCGCGCGCAAAGCUCGCGCGCGUGACAAGCUCCGCGAGUGGGACGAGCGCGCCGCCGCCGCCGCCGCCGCCCCGCCGGACGCCGAGGACCCGCAGGCGGCGGCGCGAGGGCGAGCAGGGCGCAAGCCGAUGCGCAAGCUCAACGCGCAGGGCCGGGUGCCCGACCGAGCGCAGCGCGUCGCGGCCGCGCUUCGCGAGCAGCAGCAGGACGCCGACGACGGGUACGGGCACGAGCCGGCCGAGGAGGACGGCGAGCUCGACGCGGCGCCGCGAGGAGCGGGCGCAGGACGGCGAGUUGCGGCCCAGCCGCGCAAGAAGAAGGGCCCGCUCAUUCAGGUCGGCGGCGCGAGGGGUGCGGCGGCUUUCGGCGGCGACUCGGACGAUGGGCCCGGCGCGAGGCCGGCCGCGGUGGCAGGAGGGAAGGAGCGAGGGGUCGGCGUCGGUGCCGGAGCAGGGUGGGGCCAGCGGUUCAAGAAGCCCGCACCGCCGCCUCCUGCUGCCCCGCCUGUCGACCGCGACGCAUCUUCUCGAGCCGACGCCGAACCCGCUCCAGCUCCCCCCAAGUUCGAGCACCACCUCGUCGCCCGCUUCGCCAAGCACGACUAUGCCCACGAUGGGCGUGCCCCGAGCGUCGCACUCGUCCUCGACCCCGACUCGGACGACGAGGUCCCGCUCGCCGGCUCUCGGUCCAGCACAUCGGCCGACGACAAGAACCACAACAUCACCAUCUGCGCCCUUGUCCCCAACGAGAAUCGCUUCAUCGGCGAGUGGCUCCUGUAUCACCGCCUCCUCGGCGUCGAGCGCUUUGCCCUGUACGACACGUCGACGCCCGGCGCGUUCGGCGCAGCCGAGGUCGACGCGCUCGCCGACCGCAUGCAGCGCGAGGGCGGCGGCGAGCUCGGCCCGACGGUCGAGGAGCUCAAGGCGUCGGUCGGCACGGCCGAUGCGGGUCCUGACGGCCUCGACGAGCAGGGCGAGAUUCGCAAGGAGCGCAUCGUCGGCAUGGAGAGGUGGAUCGACUCGGGCGUCGUCAAGAUGCACUGGCUCAAGUUCUCCGACAAGAAGAAGGCGCGCGACUUUCACUCGCACAUGCUCGACCACUGCACGGCGACGUACGGCCCGUCGUCCAACUGGCUCGCCCACCUCGACGUCGACGAGUUCCUGUCGACCUCGACCGGCCUGUACAGCGCCGACGAGCCGUACCGCGCCGGCGCCGCCGGCGACGGGCCGUGGCAGUACCCGCUGCACGACGUCCUCGCUCGUCCCGCACUCGCCGAGGCGGCGUGCGUCCCGCUCCCGGAGCUGAACUUCCGCAACUACGGCGUGCGCGAGCUCGGCAAGGGCCAGAGCGUCAUCGAGACGCAGACGCACCGCGAUGUCCUCAAGCAGAGCAAGAAGGUCGUCCUCGAGGAGGGCCUGCAGCAGAAGACGUUCAUCCACACCGCCUACUCGUCCAAGCCCGUCGCCCAGUUUGCCGGCCCGCACAGCUGCGAGGUCGCCAUCGGCGUCAAGCCGGCCGAGGGCCUCACGACCGAGAUCCGCAACAGCCAGGGCACGCUCCUCCAGGACGGUGGGCUGUACGAGGUCGCCAAGCUCCCGAUCGAGCCGCUCGCCGUCGCCCACUACCUGCAGCGGGACCUGCGCGACUGCCUGUCCAAGCUGUCGUCCCUCGCCGACCCGAACGACCUCCACGCCAAGUCGCGCGGCGUGCGCUCGUGCGAGGAGCACUACCUCCCGACGCCGUCCGAGCGGCGCACGCUCGCCGACUCGGCGCAGAACCGGUUCCUCCUCGAGACGCCGCCGCCCGGGACCGUCAUCGAGGACGAGCGCGUGGCCAAGUCGUGGGCGGCGCAGGCCGUCAAGGAGCUGCACGGGCACUGGCAGCGCGCCGAGCAGGCGGCGGCGGCAGCGGCGGCGGGCAAGGCGGGAGCAGCCGCCGGCGCGCCGAGGUUGAGGGGCAAGGGGAGGAUGGCGCCGCCUGCGCAGGGUGCGCACAAGGUCGCUGCGGUCGUCGUGCCGCUCGACGUGGUCGAGCGGGCGAGGAGCAAGGUCGAGAUCGUCUCGGUCUGAAGGAAGGGGCUCGAGCGCGGGUGUCGGAGUCUGUACGGUCGCGGCUCAUCUCUACAUCUUUAUAGGACCUGCAAGCCGCUAAGUACGCGGUCGAGGAUCAUCGUUGCA